AGCAAAAGUUGGAAAUGACAAAGCUCCUAGCUUCAUUUUUCUAUGUUGUCCUCUUUGUCUCGAUUGCAUCAGGUGAGAGGUUUGUUCCUGUGAUACAUGAAGAAGGACUAUGCACAGUUGAUAUUGGUGUUAACAUUUGCGCCCCAUUUGAUCAUGAAGAACGAUGUAUGGAGCCAUGCAUUCAAGCAACUUCCGCUCGGGUUACCGUAGCGACGUGUGAAGUACGUGAAGAUCUUUCUACAUUUUGCCAAUGUAUAAUUGUUUGCCAUGCCAAACACAUAGUAAAUCAAGAAAAGAACUUGAAGAUUGCAGCAUCACCUGCACCUUAUUGAUGUUUUGGAUCCAAAUAUCCUAACUUUUUAGGAAUGAUGCAUAGUUAUUAUUGUAAGAAAAAUGAUGGUUUGACUAGACUUUC